AUGGACAAUAACUAUGGUCACACGGUAUAUCUGGACCAACUACAGAACAAGAAAUACGAGACGGUGAAGGCUCUCGAGAAGCUUGGCAAACGAGCCGCCGCAGUCGUUCAUGAAGAGCAGCGGUGGCAUCACUGGGUGAGGGAAUGUCAGGAGAAGGAGGAGGAACAGGCGCAGAGCGAAGCAAAGAAGGUGAAGCUGGAGUUUCAGCUCUUUAAAAGAUACGAAAAGGAACUCGAUCGUCGUCAACGGGACAUGCGAUCUAGAGAGAUCAAGAGGCGCGAAGAACAGUACUUGAACCAAGUAUAUGCAGAGCGCGCCCAGACGAUGUCAAGGGAAGAGGAAGAGGAAUGGGAAGAGCAGUGGGACCCCAUUCAAGAUAUUUAUGGCUACGAAAGAGGUCGCUAUGUCGAGCUCAUCAAUAUGUUUCUGAUGAUCAGUGAGCAGGAACAUGAAGACUAUUGCGCAGGUGUGGAGGCAUCUCAGCUUGAUGGCCCUGCCGCACCGACAUCUUCGCACCAAGCCACCGGACAAGCCGCGACGGGCAAGAAGUCCAUCAUAAUGGAGACCAAGGAACAGAUGCGCAGGAGACUUCAGACGCCUGUCAACUUCGAGCGCGCGCCAGGCCAAUAUCUUCCUGAGUUUUUAAGCCCAAGGACGACGACUCCCGUAGUUCCUCACGACGAGAUCGAGACGCUCUUGGAUGAGAUUUGUGAGAUCAAGAACUUUCUCUUCUGUCGACUUCUUUUGGCAUCAAGUGCACUCCUGCCUAUCGCACUCCAGGCCGGCAGCAUAGAGGAACUCCUGCAAAGCGAAGGUGUGACAAGGGAACAUUUACGAGAUGUUUGCCUCAAGCUGGAGCGUCCCAGUCUUGAGAACAUGCGAGACGCGUGUGCGGACUUCAUGCGUGAAAGGGAUGGGGCUGAUGCACCAAAAGACAUUGCCAAAGACCUCGCCCUGAUGGACAUUAUCGACGCCCAACAGCGAAUCCAGAUCAGGGUCUGUGGCCGCCAUAUGUACUACUACCGUAACGAGCGCGCUCUCAACCGCAGCGGCUGGUUUCACUUCUCUAUCAUCGCGAAAGACUCCGAGCUCGCCGAUGCCGUUGCGCUUUGUCGAAACUGGGAAGAGUUCUUCGAGCUCACGAUACUGUCAAUGUAUCGGUUGUUCCCGGCUCCAAAGUGGACGAAGUUUGUGGGCGAUGUGAAUCGUCAAUGCCUCCUGCUUCUCGGUUUCAUACCUUAUUUCCAAGUCGACGGCGCCGAAGCUAAAACGACGCAACAUAGGAUUAGUGGUCGUGCUAGUUCGGGACGGUCGUACAAUUUUAAGGAAUCACGCAACAUCCUCUGCGGUAUCGUCAAGCGUGACGAUACCCUCAAUCGUCGAUUCCUUGAGUGCCUAGCAAUGGAGUCGGCCGACCUUCGUGUUUUGGUUCAUGAUCCGGUGACUGGCAAAUUCGUAAUCCAACCACCAAAGGAGGAGUUUUGGCUGAGCCGCGAGAAGGCCGGACGUGGCAGCAUUCGGCCUGGAGAGAAUGUUCCUAGCAUGCUCGAUGACUUCGAGCUUGGCGCAGAAGCUUUUCCCAUCCCGAUUGAUGAGAUAUACAAGGAGCGAUUCUUCACAGAGAUCGACGAAAUAGAGGAUGCCCUUUUAUAUCCAAGGCGCGCACCUGGCGACAAGUCGCAGCCACCCUUCCCCCGAGAGAUUGUUGGGAAGAUACACCGGAGGACAAAGUGGAAGUGGUGGAAAAUUGCCAGCGAUGCCAGCACUGAUGAAGAGUCAUCUGCUUCUGAUGAAGAGUCAUUUGCUUCAGACGAUGCAUCCGAAGCUAAAUCCGACGAGGGAUCGCAGAAAAUGAACGAUCCAAGAGCAGUGUUAUUGCGGCGCAUGUUGGCGAACGACCCUCAUGUUAGUGUUCUGGCCGGAAAAGCGAUUGACAAGCUCCCUUCGAAGAGAGAACUCGACGCAUUCGGUAAUCAUGGAACGCUGAUCCCACAGUUUCAAUGGGCGGACAGGUCACUGGGUUACGAUCAUUUCUUACCUAUGUUUGACCGUAAACGUGCUUCUGUGAUACCAAGCGAACUCAGGGAUUCUCCUUCGAAGCUUAUGGACACGCUAAGAACGGCUCUACGCCGUCAGCGAGAAUACGAUAUCCAAGGGAAACAUCUCAUUCGAGAGCUGUGCGGGAGCCAUGGGCAACGGUCAAUACACAGGGUUGAGAAAGAGGCAUUGCACAUGGGCGACCUGGAGCCCGGUGGCCUCGGCCGGUAUAUGGAGCACAAGUCCAUGGUAACGGCCAUGGACAAGUUUGUCAUGAGCGACAUCAACACAGGCCCGUUCGAGCUCUGCAAGUUCAUGCACAUGGCACCUCUCAUCCAAAGUGAACGUCGAAUCGUUGACGAGGCUUUCCAGGCUUACGCCGCCAUCGCCUUAUUCUACCAGACGGAAGAGUUUCUUGCUUCCGAGCACGGCCUACCAUUCCGGUCUUCCCUGCUGUUUGACCAAGAAGAAAGAGCUAAGCGAACCCCUGAUCGAAGAAGCCAUGUCAGCAAUCCAUAUAUGCCAGCAGAGUUGUGGACAGAUCGAGAUGAGCUCCUGAGACGCAAUCAGCGAAGCAAGCUUGAUCCUGUCUACGAUAUUUACCCGAUAGAAUGGCGUAAAAGGAUACGUACCGUGGUUAUGACCUUGUACAAAGCCGGCAUCAUACAAAGUGCUUACACACCCCAAGUUAAAGGUGUUGCAACUGCCGCCGCCGAACCCAACCGCGCGCUAGAUUUCUACCUUGAUUUCCGAGCCCAAUCCAGACCUAAAUUCAAGGCUGUCUUGGCGGAUCCUACACCCUUGAAUCGCGACUACAUAGUCAAGGCGGCAAACAAGUUCGCGGCUCAGCAUGGCUCUGCCAGGUUUUCGGCGCUGCGACUGUGGUCUGCUCCGCACUUUUACCCAAUGCAAGCUAGUGGGAAUGAGACAUUCGCAGACGAUCGCGGCAGGUACUGGGCUUGGAGAUACAUGCCUAAGGACUCGCCACUCAGUGAGUGGAACACGCACAAGAUCGUGAGUGACAUGAUGGAGCAAUACAGACGGAUAUGGGGAAACCAGGUGAGAGUUGCCAGGGAUCUGAUCCUGGUCAUGGGCAAGGACGCAGACGAGUGUCGGAGGCUCAGUGAAGGGGUGACGUGGGCUACGCAGACGCGCAGGGUGUAUGAGAUGGACUUUUGGCGAAGCUUUGUAAACGUAGACGCCGGCUUCCUGGAAAGGUUGCAUCCUGUAUGGCUUUCGUAG